AUGGCGCCAGGAGCAGUUAGCUGUAGAAACGGAGAAGGGAGAGUGUAUGUGGACAUUCGAGCGGCGGCAGCAGCAGCCCGAGCGGACCUGAUGUGGGCAAGCCAGGACGUGGUCACUCUCUUUGGAACGGCCAGGGAUGCCUUCACACACGUGCGUGCUGCUGCUCGCUGGGCGCGCAUGGCGCAUGCACAGGGCCACAAUGCACUGCCCGAGAAAAACGCGGCAGCAGCGCGGGAGGAUGCGCUGAGUGAGGCGCCUGCUGCUGCCACGACUGCCGGCGUGAUUGUGGACGCGCGGAGCAGGGUAGGCGAGGGCGAAGGUGGGUUGGCUCGUGUUGAGGACUUGCUUGCUCACACUGCUCAAGCUGCUGAUGCUGCUGAAGCGAGUGAGGAUGAGAGUGAGGGUGGGGGGUCUGUUGCUGGAGUUGACCCGCAGGUACAGGCGCUGGGUGUGAUGGAGUCGCUGGGUGUGAUGGAGGCGCUGCUGCAGGCAUUCUACGAGCAGAGCGGUGCAGAUACUGAGAGCCUCAGGAACAUGCACAUGCCACAGUUUCAUACGUCCGAAAUGGCUGCUCUCGCCAACGCCGCUGUGCUCCCCUCCACCUUCGUCGGCCAGAGCGCUGAGCUCGCCGCCAAGGUGAACAAUGUCGAGGCCCGCGUGACGAUGAGGAAGACCGCCAAGGCGGCUUCCAGCAGCGCCUUCUACGGCCCCGACCGCAACCUGUUCCUGGGCCCCUUCACCUCCCCCCCCUCGUACCUCACCGGCGAGUACCCCGGUGACUACGGCUGGGACACGGCGGGUCUGUCCGCUGACCCUGAGACGUUCGCCAAGAACCGCGAGCUCGAGGUCAUCCACGCGCGAUGGGCUCUGCUCGGCGCGCUGGGCUGCCUGACCCCCGAGCUGCUCGCCAACAACGGCGUCAACUUCGGCGAGGCGGUGUGGUUCAAGGCGGGCGCGCAGAUCUUCUCCGAGGGUGGCCUUGACUACCUGGGCAACCCCAGCCUGAUCCACGCGCAGUCCAUCCUGGCCAUCUGGGCCACGCAGGUCAUCCUCAUGGGCGCCGUCGAGAGCUACCGCGUGGGAGGCCUUGAGGGCUUCCAGGAGGUGGAUGACCCGCUGUACCCCGGCGGUGCGUUCGACCCGCUGGGUCUGGCCGACGACCCCGACGCGCUUGCUGAGCUCAAGGUGAAGGAGCUCAAGAACGGACGCCUUGCCAUGGUGUCCAUGUUCGGGUUCUUCGUCCAGGCCAUCGUCACCGGCAAGGGCCCCCUGGAGAACCUGUCGGAUCACCUCGCUGACCCCACCGUCAACAACGCCUGGGCCUAUGCCACCAACUUCACCCCCGGUGCUUAG